UGAGUGAAUAUUGGGUCAAUAUUGGGUCUCCAGGGCAGAGAGACAGCAAGGCCCUGGCCAUCAGAUGGCUUGGGGUGCAAGUGCAGCUGGAUAGCUGGUCGACCCUCUACAAACCACCCAUUUGUCAUCUGGAAAAGGCCGUGAAAACAGCUCUUGUCACCUAGAGUUAUUGGGAAAUGAAAUAAGGCAUAGCUAGAAAAACAUUUGGGAGUGUCUGCAUGGAAUAAAUAGUCAGUAGUGGGAGCUGCUCUUUCUAUAAUUCCCUGGAGACAUCAGAGAUGGACGAAGGAGUGAACUUUUGAGCUAGACUUUGAAGAAUGGACAAGAUAGGACCUUCUCUGAGCCACAGUCUCUCUACUCAAAAUGAUGGAGCUUGAUGAGAUUACAGGCUGACGGAGCCAGUGCAGCUGGAAGGAAAAGUACGGCAAGCAGGGAGCGCUUGAAGCGCAGCCAGAAGAGCACCAAGGUGGAGGGGCCAGAGCCUGUGCCGGCUGAGGCCUCGCUGAGCGCCGAGCAGGGAACGAUGACGGAGGUGAAGGUCAAGACGGAGUUGCCUGAUGACUACAUCCAGGAGGUGAUCUGGCAGGGGGAGGCCAAGGAGGAGAAGAAGGCAGUCGGCAAGGAUGGGACCGGUGACGUGCCCGCCGAGAUCUGCGUGGUGAUCGGUGGCGUCCGCAACCAGCAGACCCUGGGGUCCUAUGAGUGUGGAAUCUGUGGCAAGAAGUACAAAUAUUACAACUGUUUCCAGACGCACGUACGGGCACACCGAGACACAGAAGCCACCUCAGGGGAGGGAGCCUCCCAAGGCAACAACUUCAGGUACACCUGUGACAUCUGCGGGAAGAAGUACAAAUACUACAGCUGUUUCCAGGAGCACCGAGACCUGCACGCAGUGGAUGUGUUUAGUGUGGAAGGGGCCCCUGAGAAUCGGGCAGACCCUUUCGACCAAGGUGUUGUGGCCACUGACGAGGUGAAGGAGGAGCCCCCGGAACCAUUCCAGAAAAUUGGGCCAAUGAACAAUAUUACAUCAGAAAUUUUUAAGAAGAAAGAAGUUAGGCAGUGCCAAAAGAGAGAAACUGGCAAUUAUACCUGUGAAUUCUGCGGAAAGCAGUACAAGUACUACACGCCCUACCAGGAGCACGUGGCCUUACAUGCCCCCAUCAGUACCGCCCCCGGGUGGGAGCCUCCGGACGAUCCAGACACGGGCUCUGAGUGUUCGCAUCCAGAGGUCUCCCCGUCUCCACGCUUCGUGGCAGCGAAGACCCAGACGAACCAGUCGGGGAAAAAGGCUCCGGCCUCCGUGGUCCGAUGCGCCACCCUCUUACACCGCACCCCUCCAGCCACGCAAACCCAGACGUUCCGCACUCCAAAUUCAGGAUCUCCAGCAAGCAAGACAACCGCAGCAGAAAGCGCUUUCAGUCGGAGGGUAGAAGGCAAAGCACAAAACCACUUUGAAGAGACGAAUAGCAGUUCCCAAAACUCCAGCGAAACUGCAAGUCCCCUGAUUUCCAAUCCUUUCCCUCUCCUACAGAAGCCCUACACGUGCGGCGCCUGCGGGAUCCAGUUCCAGUUCUACAACAACCUGCUGGAGCACAUGCAGUCCCACGCGGCGGAUAACGAGAACAACAUUGCCUCCAACCAGUCCCGAUCACCCCCUGCUGUCGUGGAGGAGAAGUGGAAGCCCCAGGCCCAGAGGAACAGUGCCAACAACACCACAGCCUGUGGCCUAACACCCAACAGCACGAUCCCCGAGAAGGAGCGGCAGAACAUCGCGGAGCGGCUGCUGCGGGUCAUGUGCGCCGACCUGGGCGCGCUGAGCGUGGUGAGCGGCAGGGAGUUCCUGAAGCUGGCCCAGACGCUGGUGGACAGCGGCGCCCGCUACGGGGCCUUCUCGGUCACUGAGAUCCUGGGCAACUUCAACACGCUGGCGCUGAAGCACCUGCCGCGCAUGUACAACCAGGUGAAGGUGAAGGUGACGUGCGCCUUGGGCAGCAACGCCUGCCUGGGCAUCGGCGUCACCUGCCACUCGCAGAGCGUGGGCCCCGACUCCUGCUACAUCCUCACGGCCUACCAGGCCGAGGGCAACCACAUCAAGAGCUACGUGCUGGGCGUGAAGGGCGCGGACAUUCGCGACAGCGGCGACCUGGUGCACCACUGGGUGCAGAACGUGCUGUCGGAGUUUGUGAUGUCGGAGAUUAGGACAGUGUACGUGACGGACUGCCGGGUGAGCGCGUCCGCCUUCUCCAAGGCUGGCAUGUGCCUUCGCUGCUCAGCCUGUGCCUUGAACUCGGUGGUGCAGAGCGUGCUGAGCAAGCGGACGCUGCAGGCCCGCAGCAUGCACGAGGUCAUCGAGCUGCUCAACGUGUGCGAGGACCUGGCGGGCUCCACCGGCCUCGCCAAGGAGACCUUCGGCUCUCUGGAGGAGACCUCGCCGCCGCCCUGCUGGAACUCGGUCACGGACUCGCUGCUGCUGGUGCACGAGCGCUACGAGCAGAUCUGCGAGUUCUACAGCCGGGCCAAGAAGAUGAACCUCAUCCAGAGCCUCAACAAGCACCUGCUCAGCAACCUGGCCGCCAUCCUGACGCCCGUGAAGCAGGCGGUCAUCGAGCUGAGCAACGAGAGCCAGCCCACCCUGCAGCUGGUGCUGCCCACCUACGUCAGGCUGGAGAAGCUGUUCACGGCCAAGGCCAACGACGCGGGCACCGUCAGCAAGCUGUGCCACCUCUUCCUGGAGGCGCUCAAGGAGAACUUCAAGGUGCACCCGGCACACAAGGUGGCCAUGAUCCUGGACCCGCAGCAGAAGCUGCGGCCCGUCCCGCCCUACCAGCACGAGGAGAUCAUUGGGAAGGUGUGCGAGCUCAUCAACGAGGUCAAGGAGUCCUGGCCCGAGGAGGCCGACUUCGAGCCCGCCGCCAAGAAGCCCCGCGCCGCCCCCGGUGAGAACCCCGCCGCCCAGGAGGACGACCGGCUCGGGAAGAACGAAGUGUAUGAUUACCUGCAGGAGCCCCUCUUCCAGGCCACCCCGGAUCUCUUCCAGUACUGGUCGUGCGUGACCCAAAAGCACACAAAACUCGCCAAGCUCGCCUUCUGGCUCCUCGCAGUGCCGGCCGUGGGGGCCAGGAGCGGGUGUGUAAAUAUGUGUGAACAAGCACUUCUCAUCAAAAGGAGGCGACUGCUCAGUCCAGAGGAUAUGAACAAACUCAUGUUUCUGAAGUCCAACAUGCUUUAAGACUUCCAGAUGAAAAAAAAAGAAAGAAAAAGAAGAGAACGUUAGAAAAAAAAAAAAAAAACAA